AUGGCCAGCAUCUUCCUUAUUGCUCCUCUUCCGCUCCUCUUUCUCCUCGUCACUGUUGGGGCAUUCAAAUGCAAGCACCUGCUGCCUCUUUGGAAACACGAGCGUCAGAUCAAGCUCGAUUUCUCACCAAACCAACUCUCUGUCAUCGACAUCGCUGUCGUCUUAGCUGUCUUCCUCUUGAGAUCUGUCAGAUACUCGAUGCUGUCAAUAUCCAUGCGGACCUUCAACCUCAGAAAUAGGGUGUCUGAAGCUCCGAAGUCACCAGGCGCAGACGAACUCACAUUGGUCAUGCCGUUCCGAGUAACGCAAGCAGACCUUGCUGCAUAUUCGGCGGCUAUCAAGAACCCACCGGACAGUGAGAGCGUUGACUUGGCGGGCUCACAGUUGCUUCUGUUCCUAUCAGCAUCAAGUGAGCCAGCCAUGCUGCUGUUACUUGCCCAUUCGUCGUGCACAGUGCGGCCGUUAGGUUCUGUCAACGUGAGAAAUCGAUUCGAACUGUUGAGGCCUGAUCUGUGCACGGAGUGGGCUUUGACGUCGUUCAAGAAGGCCUACUUGACUGCAAGGCUCUCAAAAGAUGUCCGCACCGUCAAACGAGGGUUCGAAGUCGACCUGGUGGUAAGCUUGAGUAUCCCGAGCAAGGACUCGAACAACCCCAUCACCGUCUUUCGUCAAAACUUCACGAUUUUGCAGUUCGCAAGAGUUCGUGCAGAAUUGGCUCAACCACAGGAUUGUGCUCGCAACGGAGGAGCCAUUCCAGUCUGGUCGGAUUCGACAGCAUUGACCGUCGAGGACAAUGCUCCGGCAUACUGGGCAAGGCUCUGCAAGGAUUACAACCCGAUACAUACCUCGACAAUCGCAGCAAAGCUCUUUGGCUUCCCAGGAAAACUAGCUCACGGCAACCACGUCGGUGCCUUAGCGGCCAAGUACAUUACACUGGCAAGUGAAACAGGGCCGCUCUUUAUGGAAAUAUCUUUUAAGCGGCCUGUGGUUGUCCCCGCGCAAUUGGACUUGCAGGUUUCUAGAGAGACGGCGGAAUCCUCGCCCUUGCAUUUUACAGUGUUUCAAAUUCUGAGCAAAAACAAAGUCAGCAUUGAAGGGAGAGUUGGCCAGCUCCAAUAG